UGCUCUACUUAUAGGGUGCGUUCGGGGAGCUCACUAUUAGCGCUACGCAGCACUACCGCUGUUCGCGGAGACGCUGGAUAGCGCUAUCAAAAUUAUGAUGACGUCACUGUCCGUAGCGUUUGACGUCAUAAACGCGCGCUAUCCAUGGCUGCGGUCCGAAAUGAUUUCAUGGCACUUACAGCGCUCAAGGCGCUCACGGCCGGUCCGAUUCAAAUAUGACGCUAUAGACACUUUCGUUUCGGACCGGCCGUAAGCUCACUUACGUGCUAUGUAACCUAAAAUACUGUUUGGUUUAUUAAAAAUUAUAUUGUCAACAUUGUCUAGAAGCCUUAAAUCUUAGUAUAAUAUACGAAAUGGAGAAGAAACAACAGAAAAUAAUAUUGUCGCAAUAUUUGGAAUUUUGUUUGGAAAGCGAUAGUGAUUUAGAAUUUGCAAUUGAUAUAUCCUCAAGUAGUGACGACGAAGAGGAAAAAACACAAAAUUUUAUACAAAUAAUGUGUUUGUAUUUAAAUGAACGAAGAAGUAAAACCCAUAUGAGACCUCGCAUCAAGGAUUACAUUGAAAAAAUUGUUCCCAAUUAUACUGCAGAAGAAUUUAAAAUGCAUUUUAGAUUACUACCUGAAACUUUUCAAUUUUUAUUGGAAUUGAUAGGACCUGCAUUAAGUAGCACAAGGUCAAUUAGUGGUAGGAAACCAAUAUCUGCACAAAAGCAGUUGUUGAUGGCUUUGUGGAUGAUGGGAACACCAGAUUCAUACAGAUCUGUGUGUACAAAAUUUAACUUGGGAAAAGCUACAGCAAUUCGUACAAUGAGAAGAGUUGCUUAUGCUUUGCACACUCUAGCUCCUCGAUUUAUUAAGUGGCCUGUGGAUGAGAGAGCAGCUAAAGUAAUGAUAGAAUUUGAAAAAGCCAGUGCAUUUCCUAAUGUUUUAGGAGCCAAUGAUGGAACUCACAUUAAAAUAAGAGCUUUACAACAGGAUAAACAAUCAUAUGUGAAUCGUAAAGGAUACCAUUCAAUCCAUGUGCAAGCAGUUUGUACUCAAAACUUGCUUUUUACGAGUGUCUUUGCUGGAAAUGUUGGAUCAGUGCAUGAUGCACGUGUUUUUCGACUUUCUCCUGUCAGUCAGUAUGUUCAAGAUCCAGAGAUCUAUUUUUCUUAUAAUUCUCAUCUUGUUGGAGAUUUUGCAUAUGGCAUUCAUCCAUGUAUAAUGGUACCUUUUAAAGAUAAUGGCCAUUUGACGAAUAGACAGAAAAAUUUUAAUUUUUGUUUAUCCUCUGCGAGAAUUGCAAUUGAGAGAGCCUUUGGGUUAUGGAAAGGACGAUGGAGAAGCAUUUUGGAUUGUCUACCUAUGGUCACUUUGGAAAAAAUUCCAGAAUACUUAAUAGCUACUUGUGUAUUACACAAUAUUUGUAUCUUGAAAGGCGAUUUAAUAGAUUUCAAUGAAACACAUGAACAAAACAGACACCGUGGAACACUAAUACCCGGUAGAACAGAGGAUGGUAAUGUUAAACGACAAGCAAUUAUGAAUAAUUUAAUUAUAAGGAUUAAUGGUGCUAUAUAACUAUUCUAUAUCUAUCUAUAUAUGUAUGUACAUUUACCUUUUUUAUAUUUUUAAGCUAAAUAAAUUUUGUAAAUUAA